AUGGCGGUGGAGUGCACUGCCUAUUGUUUUCUCUGUGACGAUGGUACCUGCUGCCUCCAAGUGUUUCUGGAGCUUUUUCCGAGUGGUCCUGGGCUCUUGGGCUACACUUCUGACGAUUCUUCUGACUCCCUGGUCAGAAAUCUUGUGAGGAGCUCCUGUGCAUGGCUGGUUGAUGACGGAGUGAUGUUGCUUCCACUUGCGGAUAAUGGCCCCAAUGGUGCCUACUGGAAGAUUCAGAAACUACUUUACCAAGUGGUCAGAAGCAUUUGCCCUACCCUCCAAAACAGCGGAAAAUGUGGCAGAUGUUAUAGUGAGGAUUUUUAUCUUUUUGGUGCCCCAAAAAGAAUCCUCACUGACCAGGGAAGAGACUUCAUUAAUGAGCUAAACAAGGAGGUGUGCAAAAUUCUGGGGAUUGAGCGCAGCCUUUGUGCACCAUAUCAUCCACAGACAAAUGAGCUUUUAGAAAAACUAAAUGGAACAAUACAGAGGGCACAGUGCAAACUUGUAAACCAACAUCCAGAGAGUUGGGAUAUGUAUCUGGACGCCAUGAUGUUUGGGCUGAGGACCAAAAAACACAUCACUACAAAGUUCCCCCUGUUUGGGACAGAGGCCCACCUCCAGAGUGAGGUUCCGGAGGAUUACAAGAUGUGAAGGAUGCCUGAGAUGGUCUAAAGGCCAAUGUCCUGCUGUCACAAAUUGGGCCAUACAAGGUCUUUUACUGGGACAUUGGCUGAUCAGGGCCUGGAAUGGAGCUUGAGAGUGAGGUUAAAUGUAUACAUUUUUGGUGAAAUAUAAUUACCAAAUUACGUUGGAAAUGUAAUUACUAUUACUACUAAUUUAUAGGUGGAUUAUGUUUGGAAAAAAUAAUUGUUAACUGUUCAUUUUAAAUACAUUCUUCUGACAGAUGAUUUGACAAAACUUUCUUUCCACUGUGGGGAGGCUAAUUCAGAUGAGAGUGAAAGGAGGAGUUGACAUGGGUAUUUUAUUUUAUGCGGCCCUCUGGGAGCAUCCAUUGGUGGUUCCAUUUCCAAUGUCAUUUUAAAUUAUUUAAUAAUGUCUGUUUUAUCCAUUUACUCAUGUAAGUACCAGUAUUUCAAUUUCCAUUAAGAUUUCUCCAAGAAUUACAUGCCAUAGUCCCUAUGUUGGGAUCAUUUCAUAGAACAAUUUCUUCAGAGACAUAUGUUUAUAUAUGUGGAGAUACUUUACUGUUUAUACUUUAGGAAAUUUGCAAAACCUUCCCAUCAUGGGGAGCAAAAAUGUUUUUGUCAAUAUUAAGUUUUCUUUCCAAGUUUUCGUUAAAUAUUUUGUUCAGUAUUAACACCAGCAGAUAUUGUAAGGUAGUGAAUUGUUUUUGGUAAGUGCUUGUGAGUUGAAGAGCUCAGAUGAAGCUACUAAUUGUGCAUUUGAAUCAAAAAUAUUAUCGGUCAGGAACUGACUCUGUGCGAGGCUUAAAAUACCAGUCACAAAUAACAAGAGUGUUACAUUUAAUUACUGUAUGUACAUUGUAUCUGCUAUUGACACAACAGUUUCUGUACCGGCAGCUUAAUUCACUCUUGGGUAUUUUACAGUAAUGACCUUCAGUAAACUUGGGGAUAUCACUCUUGUACCCUAAAUAAUCCCCCCAAGUGGCAAGCGCUGAAGCACUGGCUUAAAAACUCUAUUAUUCCUCAAGCUAAUAUUGGUGAAGGAAUUAACAUUGAUGUUUACAUUAUAACGCAAUUGUUAAAAUGAUAUUGCACUACAGAUAUCCUGUGAUGCCUGCGGAAGGCCAAAGAUAGAGGAGAAAUUUCUAUGAGCAGCAUGCUAAAUCUCACUAAGACAUAAGGAAGGAACUAACAGACCAAAAAUGUAUAAAGUUUAAUAUUUUUUACAUACUUGUAAUUAUGAGAUUGAUAUUGUUUGUUUUUCAUUGAUUUUGAAUGUUUGUUUUGAAUUACUUUGAUUUUUCCAUAAAUAUACUGUAUAUAUUAUUUUUUA